CUUGGACUUGGACAUGGUGGGCCAAUAAUAAACAAAUCCAACUAAUCUUUUCCAGAUUUCAUGAUUGAAACGUAAAGUGAAAGAUUAAACAAGAGAAAAAAGGUUAGAUAGCUUUCUGAACAAAAGGAGAGAAUUUGGGGAUAUAGAUAGAAUCCGCCAUUUAAGAUCCCUUCCCUUUGACCUGUUGAGUGUUGACAACCUGAAAAGAAACAAAAAAAGAAGAAGACCGCUUCAUCUUCUCAACACCACCUCUGUCUUAUUGCUCUCUUUUCUUCUUCGUCGACUUCUCUCACACAUACAAAAGGUUUGGGAUUUUUUUUGGUAGAAUCUUUUUAAGUUAUCUAUCGAAAUCAGUUUGAUCUGUUUUGUUUUUCCCUCUUCUCUUCUGGGUUGUUGGUGAAUAAAUCUACUUUUCAUCUUAAUUAGGACAAAUCUCUCUAAUUAAAACGCCUCAGAUUUUGUCUUCAGUUGUUUUGUUUUAAACCCUAAGUUACUUGUAAGUUAAAUGAAAUCUACAAUUCUUAAUUUCUUGUUUCCAAAAUUGUGAAAAAAUCCAAACAUAUAUAGAAUAGACACGUAACGGCUCAAAGUCGGUAAUUGGAGGUAACGUGAUUGAAUCUUCUUCAUCAAUCAUAAAUCUUCUCUCUUAAGAAUUAAGACGCCGCCUCAUUACACCUGUUCCAUAAUCAUCGUCAAUAUAUUCAUUCUGCAAAACUAUUCUUCUUCUUCUUUCAAAGUCGUAAUUGCUCUCUCUCACCCCUAGGUUCUUAAGUCAUACCCAUUUUCAAGGACACCUUAGAAAGUUUCGAGUUUUCUAUUAGGUGUAUUGAUCUUGAAGCCUUAAAGUUUGUGUCUUUUUGUUAAUUUGAAUAAAGUUUGAUGGGAGGAGGGAAUUCCAAAGAAGAGUCGUCAUCACCAUCUUCAUCAUCAUGGGCUUCUCAUCAAAGUUAUCCUCAAUAUGGACCUGAUAGCUACAACUAUCCUCCUCCACCCACUUAUGCUCCCGCUCCAUCUCCUGCUCCUGCUCCUGCUCCGGUGCCUGCUCCAUCUCCGGCUUCCAGUUAUGGCCCUCAGUAUAGUCAAGAGGGUUAUGCAUCACAGCCUAAUAAUCCUCCACCACCCACUUAUGCUCCCGCUCCAUCUCCGGCUUCCAGUUAUGGCCAUCAGUAUAGUCAAGAGGGCUAUGCAUCAGCAGCAUCACAGCCUAAUUAUCCUCCACCUCCUUCACAGAGUCAAGUUGCUGACAGGAAGAAAUUUGAUCGGAGGUAUUCCAAAAUAUCGGAUAACUACUCUUCUUUACUGCAGGUGUCCGAGGCUCUAGGCCGUGCAGGUCUUGAAUCUUCUAAUCUAAUCGUUGGUAUUGAUUUCACCAAGAGCAAUGAAUGGACAGGGGCCAAGUCCUUCAAUAGGAAAAGCUUGCAUCACUUGAGCAAUACCCCGAAUCCAUACGAGCAAGCAAUUACUAUCAUUGGAAGAACCUUAGCCGCCUUUGACGAGGAUAACUUAAUUCCUUGUUAUGGUUUUGGAGACGCAUCAACUCAUGAUCAAGACGUGUUUAGUUUCUAUCCAGAGGGAAGAUUCUGUAAUGGAUUUGAGGAAGUAUUGGCUCGUUAUAGAGAAAUUGUACCUCAGCUUAAGCUCGCAGGACCAACUUCUUUUGCCCCGAUCAUUGAAAUGGCAAUGACAGUGGUUGAGCAGAGUAGUGGCCAAUAUCAUGUGUUAGUGAUUAUAGCUGAUGGCCAGGUCACAAGAAGUGUCGAUACCGAACACGGGCGGCUAAGUCCGCAAGAACAGAAGACAGUAGAUGCAAUUGUGAAAGCAAGUACCCUUCCUUUGUCAAUAGUCUUAGUUGGGGUCGGGGAUGGACCAUGGGACAUGAUGCAGGAAUUUGAUGAUAACAUACCUGCCCGAGCUUUCGAUAACUUCCAGUUUGUGAACUUCACAGAGAUCAUGUCAAAGAACAAAGACCAGUCUCGGAAGGAGACAGAGUUUGCGCUGUCUGCUCUCAUGGAGAUCCCUCCACAGUACAAAGCAACGAUAGAGCUUAACCUUUUAGGGGUAAGAAAUGGAAAUAUCCCACAGAGAAUCCCACUUCCGCCACCGGUGCAGAGUGGAUCAUCAUUCUCUAGUUCCCGGAUACCGAAUUUUGAACCGAGUGUACCUCCUUAUCCAUUUGAGAGCAAGCAAAUGAGUAGUGCAGACGAUAUUCAGCUAUGUCCGAUAUGUCUGAGCAACCCGAAAAACAUGGCGUUUGGUUGUGGCCAUCAGACUUGUUGUGAAUGCGGACCAGAUCUUAAAGUGUGUCCUAUUUGUCGUGCGCCGAUCCAGACCAGAAUCAAGCUUUACUAACAACACCAUUGACAUGCAGCUUUGACCAGCCCAAAUCCCAUUUCUUCCAGAGAUUUUCAGAUCUUUCUGUAGAAAAUUAAAGUGUUCUUUUGUUCUUUGAUUGAAUUCCUAAACUUUAUCUUGUUCAUAAAAUUUCUUUGAUUGGAUUGUAAGAAUUAUGUAUUUGUCUGUUGGCUUUCUUUGAUUUUUCAAGAUUCGAUUAAACCAAA